UUUGACUCCCCAACCCUCUCAGCCCUGGUCAACCUCACUGUUUAUGAGUUGCCGUCACAACUCGUCAUCCAGGACUGGGAGCGGAAGCCUGUGUUGGAGGGAAUGUUGGGCCCGUUGAUGGAGGGGCACAAACUCACCCUCUACUGCGUCGCUGCAGGAGGCCGACCCCCUCCUCGGGUGUCAUGGUGGUCAGGAACGACGCUGCUGGCGGACCGAAGUUUCGUGAUCGGUCACGACGGGACGAUUUUAUCUUCACAAGAGAUAGACGUGACCGUCAGAAACACGAUGAGUUAUGAUGCAGGCAAACAGGUGCCGGGCCUCGGGCUGAGAGAGGGCAGUGGACCGCCCUAUGUGGUGACCGAACUCAUCAUCCCAUCGCUGACCCGCGACCACACCAACUUCUCCUGUAGCGCCAGUAACACCAACCUCACAGCGCCCAUCGUCAGGACCGUCGCUCUCACUGUUUAUUUGCACCCGACGCAUGUGAAAAUCUCGAGCGCGACGCACGAGGCGCUGCAGGAGGGGCGGGAGGCGCGGUUGGACUGCGAGGCGGAGGGCGCUUGGCCGGCGACCAAUAUCACCUGGAGCAAGACGGUCGCCGGCACCACGGAGCAACUCCCUUCUACGAUGCAGCAGGCUGAGGGCAGGUCGGUAUCUCGACUACGCCUCGUCCCAGAGUUCACCGACCACGGGGCAAAGAUUCUGUGCCGAGCCUUCAAUCCUCACCUACCGGGGCCCGGUGUUGCUACGACUGUCUCACUCAACGUCAAGUUCGCCCCCCGAGUUGGCCUGCACCUGGGCACAAGUCUGGCGGGUCGUCCAAUCAACGAGGCCGAGGACGUCUACUUCGAGUGCGAAGUGCAGAGCAACCCCAGCCCGCGCACCAUCGAGUGGAGGCGAGACGUGAGUACCGCGCAGCCCGCGCACCAUCGAGUGGAGGCGAGACUUCUGCCGGUAUGCGCUGUUGACCCGGUGAUCGUGGCUGUUGGGGAGGGCGAGAAGGUGAAGCUCGAGUGCCGUGUUGAUGCUCAUCCAGUGGACCAGCUGCGGUUCACGUGGUUCUUCAACAACACCUUGGACACGAAAGAGGUUCACAACGCACGAAUAUCCGUGGCGGGAGGCAGUAGCAGCCUGCACUACACCCCUACAACACCCCGGGACUACGGUACCUUGUCGUGCUGGGCCACCAACCAAGUUGGAACUCAAGCCGAACCAUGCACCUUUACUGUCGUAGAGGCUGGUCCCCCCGAGAGCGUGCGCGACUGCAUGCUCGUGAACCACACGCUCGGUGCCCUCGAGGUUCGCUGUGCACCGGGAGGCGAUGGCGGUUCUCCACAGCGGUUCGUGGCAAAAGUUUUCGCGUCGCCCACGCACACGCAACUGGCGACGCUCGAGGCUUCGUUGCCAAAAUUCCACGUGACGGGCCUGGUGCCAGGGCAGGACUACCUCGUCACCAUAACUGCUGUCAACGAUAAGGGGGCCAGUGAACCUCAACAGAUCGACGCCAUCAGGCUCAAGGUGGCAGAAAAGAGGAUGGGGGAAGUGAGUGCCCCCAGCACGUCCCCCCUGGUGGGGGUGUUCCUGGGUCUGGUGGGGGGGUUCCUAGUGCUGCUGCUGGUCGUGGUGCUGCUUACCAGGCGCGCUCGCUCUAAUGGGUCUGUAUGUUCUAAUCAUUCAAUGUAA